GUUUAAUGAAGAUAAAGCAGGCGUCUUCAUUUUCAUUGUCACUGAACUUCUGGGACAAACGCUGACACUUAAAUCGCCGUUUAGAGAGAUGGCAGAAAAUGACAAGUUUACAACGGAUGGCCUCUAUGUUGGUGAAAUCCGAGGUGGUCUGAAGCCGUCUAUGAAGCUCACUGUAAUGGGGAGAGUAAACCCACAGCCAAAGAGCAUGGCAGUGAACCUGGCCUGCAGCUCCAAGGAUCCCGAGACGGAUGUGGGGCUGCAGUUGUCCGUGAGUUUCCAGGAUCGCUCCAUUGUGAGGAACGCCAGGGUCUGCGGGGAGUGGGGCGCAGCGGAGAAGAACAUCCACUACUUCCCCUUCUCUGCUGGGGAAACCUUUAAAAUGGAGAUCCUGUGUGAACACCAGCAGUUUCGGGUCAUGGUGGAUGGGCAGCCGCUGUGUGGCUUCGCUCAUCGUAUCCAGGAGCUGUCCUCUCUCACUGCCCUCAAAGUGUGGGGAGACAUGCAGCUCACCAAAGUGGCCUGAACACCAGCACGAAGGAAAACCCAGAGAGCAGAAGGAGAUUCAACCCAGCAGCUCACAUAAACUGCUUAGGGGACUAUUUUUAUAGAAAACUCUGAAUUGCAGGAUUUUUUUGUAGUUUUUAUCUUAUAAAAUAUUUUGUUAUAAUUUAUACCGCAAGGAUUUUAUGCAAAUUGUUUUGUAGGUGCUAUGUUAUGAAAAGGUGUGUCCCUUAUAUGUAAUUGUGCCAUUUUGUAGUAUAGAAAUAAAUUAGAGUGCCCACA